ACAGCUCCAGUGAGAUUCCAGCUCAUGAGACACAUGCUACUGAUUGGCUAGGGAGGAUGAAUCUUUGCAGAAAUUCAAGUAGCUUGAUUAACUGAAUGACCUGCAAAGAGAACACUGGACUUCUUUUUAACUCUUGCCUUCAGCUGAUCCUUUGGAGAUGAAAAUUGAUAUCCACAGUCACAUUCUGCCCAAAGAAUGGCCCGACCUGAGAAAGAGAUAUGGCUACGGAGGAUGGGUGCAGCUCCAUCACAGCAAGGGAGAAGCCAGGAUGAUGAAAGAUGGAAAGAUCUUCCGAAUUGUCCAAGAAAACUGCUGGGAUCCAGAAGUCCGUAUUAGGGAAAUGGAUCAAACAGGAGUAACUGUGCAAGCCCUUUCUACAGUCCCUGUUAUGUUUAGCUACUGGGCCAAACCUCAUGAUACCUUAGACCUGUGCCAGAUUUUAAACAACGACUUAGCCACAACUGUUGCAAAGUACCCAAAAAGGUUUGUUGGCCUGGGAACAUUGCCAAUGCAGGCUCCAGACCUGGCGGUGAAAGAAAUGCAUCGAUGUGUGAAGGAACUGGGUUUUCCUGGGAUACAGAUCGGAUCACACAUCAAUGAGUGGGACCUGAACUCUAAGGAGCUCUUCCCUGUCUAUGCUGCUGCAGAACAGCUGAACUGCUCCUUAUUUGUACACCCCUGGGAUAUGCAGAUGGAUGGACGGAUGGCCAAGUACUGGCUCCCCUGGCUAGUGGGCAUGCCAGCAGAAACCACCACAGCCAUUUGUUCAAUGAUUAUGGGAGGAGUCUUUAAGAAAUUUCCUAAACUUAAAGUGUGCUUUGCACAUGGAGGUGGUGCUUUUCCAUUCACAGUGGGGAGAAUAUCUCAUGGAUUCAAUGUGCGCCCUGAUCUGUGUGCCCAAGACAACCCAACUGACCCAAGGAAAUACCUUGGUUCUUUUUAUACUGACUCCCUAGUUCAUGAUCCUCUGGCCCUGAAGCUACUGACAGAUGUUAUAGGAAAGGAUAAAGUCCUUUUGGGGACUGAUUAUCCCUUUCCCUUAGGUGAUCUAGAAGCUGGAAAACUUAUAGAAUCUAUGGAAGAAUUUGAUGAUGAAACAAAGGAUAAACUCAAGGCUGGCAAUGCUUUGGCAUUUUUAGGUCUGGAGAAAAAACAAUUUGAAUGACUGAACUUACUACUGAGAUAAAACUUUAAGAAGAUAAUCUAUUUUUCUCUGCUUCUAUGUGUGUCAGGUCUAUGUUGCUAUAAAUUUUAUUGUGUACUCCAUUUCCUAGAAACAGAACAUCCCAAAACAUCAAAUUAUUCUUGACUAAAAUUAUUCACCACUUUAAUUUUUCUGUGAAGUAUUUCAAUACACAAGAAAUGAAAGUCUUUUAAAAAAUUAGUGCAAUGGAAUGUUCUUCUCAAACCUUUUGAACUCUAUAUGGGAAAAUAGGGAAAUAUUGAGGGAAAGAUCUGAAACAAUUAGGUAGUCUGCCAGGUGACCCUUUUCUCAGUUCCAUCUAUUUAUGUCUGUAGUAUUGUUGGGGUAUUGGUGUAUUCAAACCAGCAUGGAUGUCACAAGCAAAGUGAUUUAACAAAACAAGAAUGAGAAAAUAACAGAACCAAGUCAAGAAUAAAAUGUUCUUGGCACCCA